AUGCCGAUUUUUUGGGAAUGGCGUCGGAUCUUCCGCCAAACCCUACGUUCCUUCACCCCCGCACAAAAUAAGCUUUCCUAUCAACAGUGGAGCAAGCGUCGUCUGAUGAUUUCCUUUGUUUUCUUUUUCGUUGGCUGGAAACUUCUUGGCUACACUCUCUCUGAAAUGGGCUUCUACGUUAUCGAUGAGCAAACUGGAAAGAUAAUUACGGAGCUCGGGAAAGUUGGCCACAUCAUCGAGGUACUUUUCCCCGAGGAACUUAUCAACGAACGACUUGCUGGGCGUGCGAAAAUUGAAUUCGACUCUCGUCUACUUCUCGGCACGGACAACGUAUGGACGGUCUUCUCUCAUAUAUUUUGCAACGGAGACGCAGAUUGCUUGUUUGCUUCGGCUUUGACGAGAAUGACCUCACUAUCGAAACUAUGCAAGCGGCCCUACAGCAGCUGGAAAGCGGCCUCUCGCAUUAGCGGCUCAAAAUUCUACUCCAGCAACAGUGCAGCCGAGGAGCCGAAGCGAAAGAAGAACGAGCACAAUAUUUUUCAAAUUAAAACAAACUUUGCCCAUGGAGCCAAAUUCAAGACGAAUCGAUCUUAUUUGGAUCAACAGCUAGCGAUUGCCGGGCAGCUGGAACAACUUUACAAUUGGCAGCGAUCGGCGAGGAAGGGGAGUGAUGGGUUUGAGCUGCUCGACGGGCCUCCAUACGCCAACGGUUCAGUGCAUGUUGGCCAUGCAAUUAAUAAAAUCUUGAAGGAUUUUAUCGUGAAAAGCCAGUUGGCGCUAGGCAAGCGUGUAUCUUUCCGGCCGGGUUGGGACUGCCAUGGACUCCCGAUUGAGUUGAAAAUUCGGAAAAGCGUGCAGGGAAAGUCGGACCUUGAGAUCAGACAGCUUGCGCGUGAAGUCGCCGAAGAGGCAAUUGGGAAGCAGAAAAACUCAUUUAUGCGUUGGGGUGUGACUGGCGACUGGGAGAACCCCUAUCUGACAAUGUCACCAGAGUAUGUGUCUGAGCAGUUGCGGCUUUUCGGAGCUCUCUUGGAGAAGGGGCUCGUCUACCGUAGUGUGAUGCCGGUUCAUUGGUCGCCAAGCUCUCAAAGCGCUUUAGCCGAGUCUGAAUUGGAGUAUAAUACGGCGCACAAAAGCAUAUCAUGCUACUUUCGAUUCAAGAUGAUAUCCGAGAUUCCAAAGACGAACUUGGAGCUCGUGCAUCCCGAUAGACCAGUCGUGGUUUAUGCGCUGGUUUGGACGACAACACCUUGGACACUUCCACUAAACGAUGUUAUUUCCGUGAAUGAGAACGUCGAGUAUGCGCUCGUUCAGUUCGAUUCGGAGAAAAAGCAGCCAAUCAAUGAGCUCUAUCUUGUGGCGAAGGACAACGUCGCCAAGGUGGCCACGAUUUUGGGCAAAAAGGUAAAUAUUGUUGGAACCGUGGCGGGAUCGUCAUUGGCCGGUUUAUUUUAUCAAAGUUGCUGGCAUAACGUGUUGGCGCUGCCAAUUUUCUCGGCUCCUCAUGUGACACUCGGAAAGGGCACAGGAUUGGUGCACACGGCUUUCGCCCAUGGGGCUGAAGAUUAUCAGUUGGCCUUAAAAAAUGGAAAGGAGGUGCGCUGUUUUGUCGAUGAUAAAGGGCGAUAUACACGCGAUAUGGGCCACGAUCUCGAGGGGAAGGAGGUGUUGAGUGAUGGGCAGUCUCUCGUGAUGCAGCUGCUGAAGAAGGACAUUGUCCGUGCUCAUCCAUUUGAGCAUUCCUACCCCUACGACUGGCGCACGAAAAAGCCGGUUAUAACUCGAGCCACUGCCCAAUGGUUCGUCGACAUGACGGAGGUCGGCCCGAAAGCCAUUCAGAUGCUCAAGGAUGGGACGGCCAGGGUCGGGCUUGGGGCUCAAGACCAAUCGGAGGAACUGCGGACAAUGUUGGCAGGCCGGAAGGCAUGGUGCAUUUCGCGACAACGGGUCUGGGGCGUGCCUAUUCCGGCACUUAUCGACGACAAAGGUGAUGUUCACUCGUCGAAAGCGCUAUGCGAGCGGCUGGCCGAUUUGACACUCAGCAAGGGCACUGAUGCCUGGUGGACUACUAGCGUUGAAGAACUACUCACCGAUAAUGUAAUUGCUUCGCUACCUCCGGGAUUGGAUGUCAAAACCCUUAAAAAACAAUUCAACGUGAUGGAUGUCUGGAUGGACAGCGGAUUGGCAUGGCAUUGUGCACGGUCAAAAUAUGCAGACGUAGAUCUCGAGAGUCCGGUGGAUCUCGUGCUAGAAGGUGUCGAUCAAUCGCGCGGCUGGUUCAACUCCAUGAUGUUGACCGGAACGGCACUGAAAAAUACACCACCAUUUCGCUCGGCCCUCCUGCACGGUUUUUGUCUAGAUGAGGAUUCGAAAAAGAUGAGCAAAUCGUUGGGAAAUGUCGUUGAUCCCGAUCGGGUAACUGAUGGUACUCUACAUCAAAAAGCCCUUGGCGCUGACGGGUUGCGCUUGUGGGUGGCGCUAAACGGAGCCGAGGGGUCACAGUCUGCCAGAAUUGGGCCCACCAUUUUGAAUGUCGUCGACCAAAAGAUCAACAAUUUGCGGAAAACGUUCUACUUUCUUCUUGGAGCCCUCGAUGGCUAUGAUGGGCAGGCGCCGAAAGAGCUGCCGUUGCUUGAUCAGAUUGUCCUCUACAAAGUGGACCAACUUCUUGGGGAUGCGAUCAAAUACUAUGAGAGCCAUCGCUUCAAGUCUCUUGCGUUGGCGCUGCUCGCCUUUGCUCAAGAUGAUGUCAGUCGCGGAUAUGUGCAUUACGUCCACGAUCGUCUCUACACAGCGGCCGUGGGCAGUGACGGACACGUCGCGGCACGCUAUACGGUUGACAAGCUGCUCGCCAUUCUCACCCAAAUCAUGGCCCCGUUGCUGCCCCAUUUGGCCAUCGAGGUCGCUACACAUCAUCCAGGUGUCGAUCCAGCUCAGGUUUUGCGCAAUGAACUGAAGAAAGCGCCGUUGGGGACGGAGAAUGGGGGCGUGAAGCUUGACCCAGAGCUGCUCCAGAUUAUGGACAUGACUGCCCGACUGCGCCAAGAGAUUGGUCGUCUCGCCGGCGAAGAGUUUUCGAAAGCGGGCGUGAAGUUGGCUGCCCCUGCCGAGCAACUCGAGCUGUUGAAAGAGCUGAAUGGCGGCUCGAACAGCGUGCACUCCCAGCUGACCGAGUUGCUUGGAGUUUCACAGAUCAUCAUCGACCCAUCGCCCGGUGAAGAUCUCCGCGCGACACUAAUGACACCCGAGGGCAAGCACUGCGUCCGAUGCCGCCGGAUGCGAAAGUUGCAAGAAUCGGCCCGCUAUUGCUCUUCUUGUACUGAGUCUCUCUCCCAAAUGACCCUCCUG